CAGACAUCUUUUCUCUCCUCUCGCAAGGUGUUUCUGUGUGUUUUAUUCAACUCAUCACUAGCCCGGUCUACAUUGGCUGGACAGCCAUGUCCACCGAAACGCGAGGACACAAUGACUACACCGUCGGAUGGAUUUGCGCUCUCCCGCUGGAGAUGGCGGCGGCCAAGCUGAUGCUGGAUGAAAUCCACCCGUCACUUUCACAGCCGCGACAUGACACCAACACUUAUGUUCUUGGAAAGAUCGCGAAUCACAAUGUGGCCGUUGCGUGUCUCCCGUCUGGUGUCUAUGGGACUACCUCUGCAGCAAUUGUGGCCAAGCAGAUGACAUCCACUUUCCAAUCAAUCCAAUUCGGUUUGAUGGUAGGCAUUGGAGGCGGAGUUCCAUCAUCAGAAGACAUUCGACUGGGAGAUAUCGUAGUCAGCCAGCCAACUGGCUUGCUACCGGGAGUUGUGCAGUACGAUUAUGGGAAAACGGUCGAAUCAGGGCGGUUGCAACGCACGGGAACAAGGAAUCUGCCACCCCAAGAGCUGCUCACUGCUCUUUCCCAUAUCGAGUCCAACCGCAUGACUGGGAAUUCCGAUCUUCAGGAUCUUAUUUGGGAUGUUACCUCAAGUAAUGACCUGUCCUCCUUUCACUCGCCUGGACCCGAACGAGAUGAACUUUUCGACGCAUCCUAUCGUCACAAUGCUGCCUUUCCUGACUGUUCCGAUUGUGACCGCAGUCAGUUGGUGAUCCGUGAGCAACGAUCAUAUACUAUGCCAAAGGUGCAUUGCGGCACGAUAGCAUCUGGCAAUCAAGUCAUGAAAGACGGCCAAACUCGCGAUAAACUGGCCCAGGAACUGGGUAUUUUAUGCUUUGAAAUGGAAGCGGCUGGCCUCAUGGACCAUUUCCCUUGUCUUGUAAUACGGGGGAUCUGUGAUUAUUCCGACUCGCACAAGAACAAAGACUGGCAGGGUUAUGCUGGUGUUACAGCGGCUGCAUAUGCAAAGGAGCUACUAUCAGAGGUGCCAGUGAAGCACAUGCAGCUUACUGAUCAUCGAAACCCUCUCGAACAAUUCAAUAUUCGGUUCAGCACGGUCGGAAUUCCACAUAUUCCUAACUUCGUUGGUCGAGAGCAAGAGCUCGCAGACAUCCAUCAGAAGCUUCAUUCCGACGGCUCGAAUGGAACAGUCGUCCUCCAAGGACUUGCUGGAAUAGGCAAAACUCAACUCGCAGUAAAAUACGCAUUGCAGCACCAGCAUGAUUACGCAGCGGUAUUCUGGCUGGAUGCUACUGAUCCAUCGACGCUGGAGACUAGUUUCGUGAGCAUGAUGAAUCGUAUUCUGUUAGCGGACUCUUCAGUGGAGAUGUUAGAAGGUUUCAUCGAUGAUCAGAUCUCGUACCUUAACAAGCUGUUGGAUUCGGCGAAAAGAUUCAACACGCGCCUUUAUAACCGCGCUUUUUCCCAGAACAAAAGGGCAUUCGAAUCACUUGAUGUCAGCGACGUUGUGAAAGUGAUGAAGAAAUGGCUGAACUACCCAAAGAAUAAUCGGUGGCUGCUUGUAUAUGACAACUUUGAUGCCACUGCAUACCCCCCACUUGACGAUUACAAUCAACUUCGACCCUUUUUACCUGAUGCCCAACAAGGGCAUAUAAUCGUCACGACUGCCUCGCCGGGGUUUUACCUUGGAGAGUCGAUUCGCAUAAGAGGGAUAGGCUCCGAACAUGGGCUUAAGAUCAUGUCACUUGCAUCGGAGCGGCAUGACUUGGGCAAUGAUCUGCAUAUCCACGAAGUCGUCGAAGAAAUGGACGGAUUACCGGUGGCCCUAGCUACUGCAGGGAGAUACCUGAGCCAGGUCUCCAUCAGCUGCCGUGAAUACCUCGAAUUAUCCAGACGGGAGUGGCGUCGUCUUCAAGAGAAUUCCCCUGAGCUUCCUGCAUACAAGAAUAAGCUUUAUAUCAGCUGGAAUAUUUCUCUACGGGAAAUAGCCUACAGACAUGAGUUUUCAUUUCGCCUUGUCUCUGUGUGGGUCUUUUUCGAUAGCCAAAACCUAUGGCGUGAAUUGCUCCACGAGCCCGACGAGGUGUAUUCGUUGUUGGAGUUUGCAGAUGAUCCAAUAACCUUCCAUGAAGCGAUGAGGGUUCUGUGCAAUUAUGGACUAGUGGAAGUCGCUUCGGAUCCUCGGAAUAAAACGAACGAAUCAAGGGGCUACAACAUGCCCAGACCAGUUCAUUCGUGGCUUACCAAUGAAUUUAGCAACAUUCUUCUUCAUAAGCCGAUAACAGCACAUUACGCUUUUCGCUGUGUCGGAAAUUAUGCACAAAAGUUACUUGAUUCACAAAACUACUAUGAUUUUUGUCGCUUUCGUCCGCAUGCCAAAAGAAGUAUGCAGCUUAUAUCCGAGAAACUCCAGGCUGCAGAUGUCACGAAACCCUCUUACGCUCUGGACUUUGUCGGUAUUGGACUAGCUUAUCUGCACGGUAGUGAUUGGGCACUGUCGAGAGGCCAUAGUGUCUAUUUGAAAGUGCUGCGUGCCAGCUCUUCAGAGCACAACCGUGAUCUGAUCAUCGCAAAAAACUGGUUAAAGCUAGGCCUCCGGAGAUUAGAAGCAUUCGACGAAACAUUUCACGGCACAACAGCUAUUAUCCUCUCAUCCCUGGCUGAUGUAUAUACGGGAAUGCAUAAAUUCCACAAGGCUCUGCGAAUGAGACUUCUCGAACUGAGAACUCGCCGGGAGAACCAUGAUUGUUCUCCAGCGGCAUACUGGCAUUGUAUAGAUGAUAUCUUCGCCAAUUGCAUCGACCUUCUCAACCCAUGCAUAGCCAUUGGUUCGAUCCUUGGGUCAAUAUGUGUGAUUUAUUCAUUUUGCACUGAUCCUGAUCUCUCAAAUCGCGACAUCCUAUUUAUUAUCAUCUGGUUAUUCUUGAUGAUAAGCGCACCUGGUGUUUUACUCCGCUGGAAGCCUCGAUGGCUCCUAGUCUCUGUGUCAAUAAUUUCAACCUUAUGCUUGGAGAUCCACGCCUGGGUGUGGGAGUCACCUACAACGUAUCAUGUCGCGCGAUACAUAGCUUGGGUACUCUAUCUUCUGAUAGUAGGCGGCAUGAUCUAUUUUGAGGGGGUUGGUCAGCGGGAAUCAGAUGUAUAACGUCGUCUAUUGGGGGCAGCAUGAUCUCUUCGAGGCUUGAAAGGUCAAUUCUGCAGCUGUUUAGAUAUCGUACGACUCAUCCAUACAUGACGUUUUGGUUUCUACUCAUUGUUAUAUAUGCCAUAAUGCAGCACAGUGUGUGCCACUGAUCGUUCCUCACGAAAGUGAGAAGCAUUAGAGAAAAUGUUGAAUUUGAAUUGUAUUCAAAAGCCAAUAAUCCAUAGGCCCAUGUAUGCAUAGCC